AUGGUCCAAGGGCUGGCUGAGGCUUCAUUCAAAGAUAUCCCAGAGAUAUUUGAGGUGGAACUGGGAGAAGCGCUUACAGCUCGCACAGAAUCGUUAUCAUCGUUUCGAGAACUUGGACCUCCCGAUCUUUGCCACGUAGUUAAAAGCACAGGGCGUGCUGCACAGAGAGAUUUUGGCUCAUACCACUACGUCUCUGGCGUGGACGCCUCAUCAUCUGCUUCGCUGGCCGCAUAUAUCAACUCAUUGACAUACGCGUUUGAAGAUAACUCCGCCUGGUUCUCUAAAACUCCCCAGUGGAAAGUGAAGAAUGGGUGCUAUUGCUGCUUCAACGCGUUUUCGAGGGUAGAUAUUCGCGUCGACGUGAAAAUACCUGGUGGUGUCAACGCCUAUGUAAUCGACUUGCGUGGUGAAAGACACGAAGCUACCCCUGAAAUAUGGCAAGAAACUUACGUCUCAGCCAUCUUGCGUGCCAUCCUAUACUCUGAUGAUCCAACCUACUUUUUGGACGCGUAUCGCAAGUUGGAUCCUAUUGUGUCACGCGAAGGCGAGCUGCGAUUUCUUCAGGCUGCGGAGGCACUCUUUCCCAAGGGCUGGCAAGUCGGUUCAGACCCCGAGAUACAGGUCGCUACUGUGGUUUCCAACCAUCUGACAGCUGGGAUCAUGAAGUACUUUGGGGACAGUGGACGAUAUCAACCAGUUGCAAACCUGUUCGAAAAGCUGUCAGUAAGAGAGCCCGAAGUCUCAUCUCUCUUAGCUAGAAGUUAUAUUGGCAUGAACGAGGAGGUCAAAGCUGUGCAAAUCAUGGCAGCUGCAAUGCAACAAACACCGCAGUCAUACACUCUCCUGCACGUUCAAUGCGAUUUUCUUCGCUCCAAAGGAAAGCAUGAAUGGGCACUCAAACUCGCGCGACAAGCUGUGAACUGUGCACCUAGCGAAUUUGUAACAUGGGAAAAGCUGGCGGACAUUUACAUUGAUCUGGGUCAAUAUGAUUCUGCUCUUUUAACUCUUAAUUCCUGUCCCAUGUUUACCUUUAACGGCCGCGAUUCCCACCGUGCCCUACCAGCAAUGAAAGUGCAUUUGCCUUUCCAUCGUCCGAUCGGAGACAUUCUCCCUGAUAAACAGAAAACGGAGGAUGAUGAGGCUGAACCUGCCUUACAACGAUUGCCUGCGCCUGGACUUCGUGGGACCUGGGCACGCGCAUAUGCCCUGCUCACGCGCCUUGUUUCACAAAUUGGCUGGGAUGAGCUUCUCAAGACUCGGAGCCAUGUGUUCGUCAUGGAGGAAGAGUAUCGCAUGCAGAAGGCCCAAGGCGAUAUGCAUCAUGCCCUCAAGUCAGCCACCCCAAACUCCCCCGGUCGAGAAAGUGACGUGGGCAACGCGGUCAUCCAUGAAGAUGGCACGGUCGUCAGGCCUUCGGAGGAUGAUAAUGCGUCGACGAAGGCCGUGAUGGAGGCGCCAUCCCCGAGGAUGAGCGCGGCUGAAAGCGAGGGUGCCAAUGGAAAUGGGAGUGCGUCGGAGCCGCAAUCAAUGAUACCCACAAUUCGGAUCUCGACGGAGAGUUUGAGAACGAAAGAGACUACUGAGACGGAGGUCACAAAGGUGGACGACGAGGAUGGAACUCACGUGGUGCACACAGAUAAGGGCAAGGGCAAAGCAAAGGCGGGAGAUGACGACGAUGCCGGUGACAAAGAGGUUGCUAAUGGUAAUGGACAACCGAACGGUGUCACCUCAGCUGGGCUGGAGAGGCCUACCCAGGCUGCUGGCGAGGGCGCAGAACAGAACAUCAACGAGGCGUCGCCGGCCCCCGCCAACGAACCCUUCUCAUUCAGCACAAAGAGAUUGUGCGAGCGAUGGCUUGAUAAUCUCUUCAUGGUCCUAUACGAGGAUCUACGUGUAUGGACGAUCUUCCGUGCUGAGGUUGCGCACUUCAAAACGCAGCACGUCGCUUAUCGUAAGACAGGACUCGAAUGGGAGAUUUUGGGUGACCUCGGACUGCGCUUGCAUCACAAGGAGGAAGCCAAAGAAGCAUACCAGCGAUGCUUAGAUAGUCCGAGGUAUUCAGUGAAGCCUUGGGCAAAACUUAUGGAAAUAUACGCGGACGAGGGCGAUAUCCAGCGUUGUGUGCAGACUGCUAUUCGGGUGGCGGCAUAUCAGUACGCAGAUUAUACAGAGAUGUCGUAUCCUACCCAAAUUGCGCGAGCAUUCUUCAAACUUGGACAGAUUCACGGACAUGCCAAGAUAUCCUUCACGCUGCUCAGCAUGGGCCUGCCCGAGCCUAUACUCAAAAUUAUGGAUAGUUACCUACAGUAUGGCAAAAACUUUAAGGUGGAAGGAUAUGAUUUUUAA